AAUACCUUGUUUAUCGUAGGUGAGAUCAUCAGUCGAAAGGUUGUUCCAACUCAAGCUACAGCCACAGAAAAAGCCAAAACUAGUUCAUCUUCAAAGGUUUUCAUUUAUCUCACUCAAACAGAACAAUGCCUUCCUUCAAACUUGGCCUCUUCUUCCGAGAUCGGCGACCCCGAGACAUGUAACUGUGAUGUCAUAGUGCUAAGCUAUCGUAUGAAAUGUCAAGUGCAAAAGUCGCCUCACAUCACUUAUUUGUUCUAUCCCGAUACUGGAUGGGGAACAGGACGAAAUGUGCUGUAUUUUGCUGCAAUAACGAGAUCCCCAAAAUACCAUUAUUACAUUUUUAUGGAUGAUGAUGUGGUACUACAUUUCAAUUCAUUUGCUUCGCCACAAAUAAAGAGGCUUCCGCCGUUUAGAGUCUUCGAACAAUGGCUCCUAGAUUACGAGCCUGUAGUUGGCGUUGUGGAUUACAAAGGGCAUCAUGGGGCCAUCUGGACUAAUGAGAGACGAAAGAAAAUAUGUAACAAGACGGACAGUCCCCUUGUGAUACCAACAGUAUGGUAUGACGCUCUUUUAAAUGCAUUUCAUUACAAAUCUAUCGAGCAUCUCUUCCCUUACCGUACGCACUAUGAAAGCACAAGCUGGUGGGCAUCACAAAGGUACCUUUUUUCUGCUGUGGAACUGAUAUUUCGAGGUCAGGCAUUGCUGUUUGUACCUGUUACUACGGGAAAUUCAAAACAUCGCUCAUACCCAAGGUCUUUAAAGAACGAAAACACAAGGUGGAGAGAUUACAUCAAUACGAUUCGGCAGGAAGCUCCUUUAAUUUACAGAAACAGGACUUUAUUCGAAGAUUUUAGGCAGAAUCUUGAGGGUUACGUCAUCAACACGAGAACAUAUUUCAUGAAUGUAACACGACAUCAACACAUUAAACCAUACGCUCAUUUUGAUUCUCAGUCAGAGAUAUAG